UCACGCGGCCUGACCAUCACCACGCGAGCCAGAAGUGGUAACGCGCGCGCGCUCGCCUUCUCCAUUAGAACCAAACAACAACAACAACAAACAGAACAACAACACCAACAACAACACCACGUGUAACGAAGCCCGUGAGGUACAAGCAAGAGAGCUUAAGGAAGCGGCCGCCUGGACUCGAAGCUUCUCGGCGUGAAGGGGGGGGAAGUCCGCCGGGCGACACAGAAGCUCCUGCGCGAUGUCGAACGAGGUGCCAGCGCCCGCGGGCACCAAGCGAAGCAAGGCGCAGUACAUGGGCGGCGCGGCUAAGCGCGCGCGCACGGAGGGCGGCGGCGGUUCGGGGCCCCGGCAGCUGGAAGCCGGCAUGGAGGGCGUGUUGCUCACGUGCAACAUGCAGGAGCGCAGGUGCACGACCGAGGGCUACCAGAUGCUCAACGAGCAAGCAGACCGCCUCUACGGCCCCGAGAAGUUUGACGACGACGAGGAGGAGGGCGGCGGUGGCGCCGCCGACGGUGCCGACAAGCGCAAUGACGACGACGGCGACGACGACGACGCGGAAGCGGCGCUGCAGAAGGAGGUGGCGCAGAUCAAGAAGAGGGGGGCAGCCACCCAGCGGCGCUUUCGGGCCGUGACGAGCGGCGCCAACAACUUGGUGUUCAUCCGCUCCGUGGGCGUCGAGCCCGACACGCUGGUGCACGGCAUCCUGAGCGAGCUGGCUGAGCGGCGCCAGAGCAAGAGCCGGCACGUGCUGCGCGUGCUGCCCGUGACGGCGUCGUGCCGCGCGUACCCGGCCGACGUGGAGCGAGCCGCCGAGGCCCACCUCCCGCGGUGGUUCGCCGCGCCGCACCGCGCCACCUUCCAGGUGGUCUACAAGGCGCGCAACAACGGAAACAUGCACCGCGAGGAGACCAUCAAGGCCGUCGCCGGAGUGGUGCUGAAGCUGAAUGCGGAGAACCAAGUGGACCUGACGGAGCCCGAGCUCACCGUGGUGGUGGAGGUGAUCCGCGCCGUCUGCUGCCUGAGUGUCGUGCGCGACUACGUCCGCCUGCGCAAGUACAACCUGCAGGAGGUGGCCAAGUUGGGGCCGUGCGUGGAGGUCAAGCAGCGGCCUCAGAAAGCCACUCAGGCCACCGCAGACGCUGCGGAGGGAGACCUGCCGGCUGCGGGGAAAAAAGAGGCGGCCGAGGGUGAGGAUAAGUGCGAGAAGGACGCUGGCAAGGGCAAAGACGCGGUUUUAGGCGAGAGUUUGGGGAAAGGCGACGGCGGCGGCGAUGACAAGGGUGCGGCGGCAGGAGGAACGAGCGAGGCAGCAUCGAGCGGAGAAGCGCCCCGUGGCGAGGGCAGCACGGAACCAGCAGCCAGCGACAGCGACGCGAAGCAGGGAAAAAACGGGGACCAGGCCGCACCGCCGUGCGAGCAGGAUGAGAGCCGCGGAGACGAGAAGGGUCCAGGGAAGGAGGACGAGGUUCCUGUUGGAGGGAUCGAGUGACACGUGCGCUUGGUACGGGGUUGCAAUGAAUACGGCCGUAGCCAAAUAAGUAAAAAAAAAAGGAGGAUCGGAUGACACAAAUGUUUUUCAUCUCUUCCAAGUCCAUACAGUUUGAAGGGGAUUGUGGGAGGAAAUAUUCAGCUGUCUACCAGUUCAAAAAAGAGACUUGCGAGACUUGUUCGCGUUUUUUUGUUUGUUAAGAAUAAGAUUGCAGAGUGAAGUUCAAGGAGGCUUUAAAGGCAUCACCGCGGUGUUAGAAAAGAAGGGCAAUUCAAGUAAAACCGUUUCUUUGCUGUCUUUCCACAAUUAAACUACGAGUGUGUGGUUUGCACCCUCACAUUGUAUCUUGAGGGCAAUUGUUAAUUUUUUUAUGCUGGGAGUCCAAAUUUUAUUCCUUAACUGUAAAAAAAAGAAGAUUCUUGGCUGGCCACAGGAAUUUAUUUUCUCGAGCGAGGUACUUCCUUUUCAAGUCCACACAAUUGUUUUGUGUAUGGAGUUCAGGUGUUUCCAUUGUGUUCAUUGACGUGGGGAUUUAUUUUUAACCAGACCUUGAGAAUGUGUGAAGAUUUCAAUCUGUUACGAAGCAUAUUUUUACAGUUUGCAUUUUUUUAAUGUACCAAAUGUUUGAUUCGCAAAUAAAACCCAGGCUAUUGA